AUGAUUGGUUAUGUAGCAUUUGCACUUGGACAAUAUAUUGUAACAGAUAACAACUUGCUCUCGCUAUUGGUACAUUCGAAGAUCAUAGCUGGUGUUGCGGGUGUUGGAAUCAUAUUGUGCAGUGCAGCAAGCUCUAUCGGAGUAUUUUCUUUGUAUGGCAUCGGGACAUCGAAGGCGGCUCUCGUAGUGCUUGUGUUUGUAGUUUUGGCCGUAGGAGUGAACAGAACCUUCAUUAUUGUGCAAGCAUAUCAGAGACUAGAAGACACCACUGACCAGUCAGUAGAAGAUCGAAUAGCCCGAGUAUGUGGUCAGGUGAUGCCUUCGAUGCUUUUGAGCACGCUAACGGAGAGCUUAUGCUUUUUUGUUGGUGCCAUUUCUGAUAUGCCGGCUGUUCGUGGAUUUUCAUUGUUUGCUGGACUUGCCGUAAUAUUCGACUUUAUCUUCCAAAAUACAAUAUUCUUAGCCAUCUUUGUAUGGGAUUGCAAACGUGAAGAGGAGGGAAAACCGGAGUUAAUGUAUCACCGUAAGCUUGAUACAGAACGAGUUGAAAGUGAGGGCUAUAUCUAUGAAGUGAUGCAAAAGUAUGCGGCUCCUCAACUAAUGCGCAAAUGGAUGCGUAUGACGGUG